CCGGAAGUAGAUCUCUGAUACAUCAACAAGGAGUGAGGCUGUGAAGUCCUAAUGUGUUGACUUGAACUUGCAUUGAUCAUGGGCAAGAUAUGCAAAGUCGUGGUGUGCGGGUCAGCGGGAGUGGGGAAGACUGCCGUCUUGGAGCAGGUCAUCUAUGGAACACACCGUGUCGGACAGGAAACUACUUGUCCUACGAUUGAAGACAUUUACGUAGCCAACAUUGAGACGAAUAGAGGAAGCAGAGAAAGAGUCAGGUUUUACGACACCAAGGGCUUGACUUCAAUCAAUCCAGAUCUCCCCAAGCAGUAUCUCAGCAUGGCAGAUGGGUUCUUAUUGGUAUACAGCACUACCAGUCAGGAGUCCUUCAAGAUGCUUGAACACAUCAAGAAAGAGAUUGAUAAGCUCAAAGACAAGGACAAGAAGGAGAUAUCGGUGGUGAUGAUUGGUAAUAAAGUCGACCUAAAUCAUCAGAGGCAAGUAGAGUUCAGAACAGCCAGUGACUGGGCCGUCAAAGAAAAAAUCCAAUUCUAUGAGGUGACGGUAGCCAAUAGGAGUAGUCUUGUGCAGCCGAUCGUCUCUCUUACAUCUAAGCUCACUAUCCCUCCAACCAAAUCAACCUUCUCAAUAUCAGUGCGGAAUUUCAAGCCGAAACAACUGCAGAGCUUUGGCGAUUCAUGACCACUGUCCCACCCCUUCAUUUUGAUGUCAUGAAAGAGGAAUCUGAAGCAAGAACACACUCACAUAUGUGUGUAAGGUUAUAGAUAGAUAACUUUGCACAUCUUACGUCUGUUUCGCUGUGACUACCUACGAGGCGAGUGUGCGUUC